GCUACUUUUUUGCCAUCAGAUCAAGGAGCAGGUAACAUGCAGACAAGGAGUGGGAGAUUGAUGCGUAGCUCCUACGAGGACUGUGGUUCCUCUUCGGACCCUCUGGUUCUGAGUGGUAUCUCUGUGGUGCCUGACCAGAUCCUCUUCCCUGGAGACCUGGCUGUGCAGGGAACCGUGUCCGUCAAAAAAAACUUUGACGGACCUAUCAAAGUCAAGGUCAGUAUGAAAUACAAACUAUUUUUCUGGAUUCCUAUUCCGUGUCUGGACAUCAUCCCCGGGUUGCCCAAAAUGGGAACCUGCACAUACGACGACAUCUGUGAGUUGUUCCCGAAGCUGAACAUCUGUCCCCUGAAGAAGGGCACUUACACGGUCGAGGAAACCGUCAAGUUGCCAUCUUUGGACGAUAUUCCAAUUCCAUUUGACUCGGGAACUAUCAAAAUUGAAGCCAAAGCUGAAAACGAAGGCAAGCAAAUUGGGUGCGCAGAGGUCAAAAUCGAUUUCGAACUUACCGAUUAGAUAAUAUCCUAAUCGCAUCUGAAUCACAAAAGGGGAAAAUUUUUUCCUAAACUUUUUAAUACAAACUUUAUUUAUGCUAUACCAAGUCUCGGUGUAAAAAUA